AUGGAUCAUGUGAAUUUUACCGUUAAUGGGGUACCUCACUCAGUGGGGCGCGAGACAAGUUCGGACCUGUCCCUGCUGGAGUACUUGCGCGUGCGCUGCGAGCUGCGCGGCACCAAGUACAUGUGCCGCGAGGGCGGCUGCGGCGCAUGCGUCGUCGCUGCUACCAGACCUGGCGAGAAGCAAGGAGCUGUCAACUCUUGCCUAGUAUCAGUGACGUCAUGCCAAGACUGGGACAUAACGACGAUAGAGGGCGUUGGUAACCGUCUGAAGGGCUACCAUCCCAUACAGAAGACCCUCGCCAAGCUUAACGGCACGCAGUGCGGGUACUGCUCGCCUGGAUGGGUCAUGGCUAUGUACAGCCUCCUGCAAAGUAAUAAGGAUCUUACCAUGUUGGAGAUAGAAAAGUCAUUCGGAAGCAACAUUUGCCGAUGCACUGGUUACCGACCUAUUCUGGAGGCCUUCAAAAAAUUUGCUAGCGACGCGCCAAAACCAGAUAAUACUAUGUUAGACAUAGAAGACCUCAAUAUUUGCAAAAAAAGUGGAAAGACUUGCCGCAAAAGCAAUUGCAGUGAAAGCGAAUGGUGCUUAGUGGAAGGCUACCAUGCUAAAGAACCUCAAAAAAUUGAGAUAGAUCUAAAAGAUGGAAGGUCUUUUUCUAAAGUAUAUCGUAUUGAUGAUAUUUUUGAAGUAUUGAAGCAGAAAGGAGAUGAUGAUUACAUGCUAGUAGCAGGAAACACAGCCAAAGGAGCUUUCCCUAUGCCGAAAUGUCCCCGUGUUCUCAUCGACAUAUGCUGCGUCGAUGAACUAAAAGGAUACCAUCUCGACCAGAACUUGGUCCUCGGUGCAGGUUGUACACUUAAUGACACCAUUGAAAUAUUCAAAAAAAUCGCCGCCACUGAAGAUAAUUUCUGGUAUCUUCAGAAGUUACAAGAACAUUUGCAGUUGGUAGCUCAUAUUCCUGUCAGAAAUCUGGGAUCAGUAGCUGGAAACUUGAUGAUUAAACACAAGCACAAUGAGUUUCAGUCAGAUGUAUUUCUUCUACUUGAGACCGCUGGUGCAUACAUGACUAUUUUGGAUUCAAAUAAACAAGAAAAGAGAGUAACCAUAAGAGAGUUCCUUAAAGUGGAUAUGCGGAGUAAGGUCAUUUUAAACAUUUUACUUCCUCCUUUGGGUCAGGACUACCAAUUUGAAUCAUUCAAGGUAAUGCCACGUGCUCAAUCUGCACACGCGAUCGUCAACGCCGCCUUCCUAUACAGACUAGAUUCCUCCAGCACAGUAAAAGAAGCUAGAAUAGUGUUUGGAGCCCUAAACCCAAACUUCGUGCACGCUUCCAAGACAGAGAAUUUUUUGAGAGGGAAGAAACUGUUUACGAACAAAACAUUGCAGGACGCUAUCGAGGUUUUAAAGGAAGAGUUAUUGGUGGAAGAAAAUCCUCCAGAACCGUCGGCGAAGUAUAGAAAGAAACUUGCCAUCAAUUUGUUUUAUAAAGGUCUCCUUGCUCUUUGUCCCGAUGACGAUGUAGAUUCGCAAUUUGCGUCCGGUGGAAUCGUCCUGAGCCGCAAGCGUCCUGUCUCGAAAGCAAAACAGGAUUACACCACCAAUCCUCUGAUCUACCCGCUUAACAAGCCUGUGGAAAAAGUUGAAGCGUUGAUCCAAUGCGCAGGCGAGGCCCCAUACUCCGAGGACCUGCCGACCUGUCCACACGAGGUGUUCGGCGCCUUCGUCCUCGCUACCGUGCCGAAAGGAGACAUCGACAAAAUUGAUCCUAGUGAGGCACUUAAACACCCAGACGUUAUCGCGUUUUACUCUGCUGAUGACAUCCCUGGAGUAAACGGUUUCACACCCGGCCUAUUCCCAGAAAUCGAAUAUCUGUAUCUAACGAAAGAAGAGCUUUUCUGCUCCGGAUCCGUUAAGUACCACGGCCAUGUCAUAGGAGUUGUCGUUGCUGAGACUAGAUCCAUUGCAGAAUACGCUACUAAAUUAGUGCACGUUACAUAUAAAAAUGUGACGAAACCUGUUCUGGAUGUAAGGGAAGCUAUCAAGUUCCCUGACAGAAAGAAAAAAGCUGGUGAGCAGGACGGAACGAGUGCUGGUGGGAAUCUCUUUAAACUUAUUAAAGGACAGCAAGCAAUUUUUGCACAGCAGCACUUUUGUAUAGAGACGUUGGUGAGCGUAGCCAAACCGACGGAAGAAGGUCUGGAGGUGCACUGUACUACGCAGCACAUGGAUCUUGUGCAGAUGAUGAUAUCUCGAGCUCUUAAAAUGCCGGAGAAUAAGAUAGACGUAAUCGUGCGCCGCCUGGGAGGAGCGUACGGUCUGAAGAUCUCCCGCAGCUCGCAGGUGGCGGUGGCGAGCGCGCUGGUGGCGCACAAGCUGAACCGACCCUGCCGCAUCAUACUUCCGUUCACCACCCUCGCCAAGGCCGUGGGCAAGCGGCUGCCUUGCUACUCUGAGUAUGAGAUCGCCGUCGAUCUUUUCGGCAAGAUCCAACUAUGCAAAGAAUUCCUAUACAUGGGCAAUGGGUAUAUCAUCGAUGAGCCACUCUUCAUACCCGUGUUAGAUGUGUACAACAACUGUUACGAUAAGCUGCGCUGGACCUUCCUGGUGUUCAGCGUCACAACCGACACGGCCUGCAACACUUGGUGCCGGUCACCAGGGACUUUGGAAGCUAUUGCUGCGUGCGAAUUCAUCUUGGAACGCGUAGCGUAUGAGAUGUCACUCGAUCCGCUAGCAGUGAGGCUAGUGAACCUGAAUCUUACCGAUAUCGAGCUCGUUGAGAUGACGCAAAAAUUAAAACACGACGCUGACUACGACAUCAGACGUGCCGCCGUCGACAAGUUUAAUAAAGAGAACAGGUGGAAGAAGAAGGGCUUAAGAUGGUCACUACUUAAGUGGGAGCCCUUCUAUGGCCAGUAUUUUGAUGUUACCAUGUCAGUUUAUAACGACGAUGGCUCUGUCUCUAUAACCCACGGCGGAAUCGAGAUGGGACAAGGCCUUAACACUAAAGCUGUUCAAAUCGCUUCACAUUUCCUCGGUAUCCCGAUGGACAAAAUUCAAAUUAAGGCAAAUCAUACCCAUAUGACUCCAAACAGUCUUGUAUCUGGUGCAAGUUUGACUUCGAUUAAUGUUGGGAUAGGUGUUCAAAGAUGCUGUGAGAUAUUAUUAGCACGGUUGGCUCCACUUAAAGUUGGUCUAUUGAACCCCGCUUGGGAUUUGUUGGUUAAGUUGGCGUACAAGGUCAGUAUUGACCUUCAAGCACACGCCUUUGUGUCGCUUUUGGACACGCAGAAGUAUGAAGUUCAUGGAGUGACGCUGGCUGAAGUGGAAGUGGACAUUCUGACAGGAGAGUGGGAGCUUCUGAGGGUUGAUCUUCUGGAAGAUGUGGGCAUGAGCAUUAGCCCAAGCAUUGACGUUGGCCAAGUUGAAGGAGCCUUCAUCAUGGGUCUGGGGUACUGGACGACAGAGCACAUGGUGUAUGACGAGGACACGGGCGAGGUGCUCACGGACCGCCCCUGGAACUACUACGUGCCGCAGGCCAGGGAUAUCCCGCAGGACUUUCGGGUUUAUUUUAAAGACAAGUCUUAUUCGGAAGUUCGGACGCUCGGCGCUAAGUCGAUCGGCGAACCUCCAAUCUGCAUGUCUGUGGUGGUGCCGCUGGCUCUGCGCGAAGCUAUCGCCUCUGCCCGACGUGAUGCUGGGAAAGCGCUAAACAAGUGGUUCCAGAUAGAUGGCCCGUACACCAGAGAAGCUAUACACAUGCACACGGAAACAGACUACUCCGAUUUUAAGUUUAAAAAGAAAGUCAACCCUUUCCCAUUUUAACUGUAUGAAUUUAGGAUA